AUGAAGAAUCUAAUUAUUUCAAAAACUGAUCAAUUAUUGCAUUUCGUAUUUCCAAAUCGAUGUUACGAAAUAAUGCUUCUGAAAUAUAACCUCCUUCAUCAGGAAUGUGUAUCGAUGCUUAUGUCGCGACUGCUUGGACUUGGUAUAACUGUUAUGUCAUUGCUUCUAUUCAUACCACAAAUUUUGAAAAUUCAGUUUGCACAGUCGGGUGAAGGGAUUUCAUUGUUAUCGCAGUUGUUGGGAUUCUUUGCCUGUUUUGCAGUAACAUCUUAUAGUUACGCUAAGGGAUAUGUUUUCGUUCAGUGGGGUGAUUCAUUCUUUGUGACAGUCCAAAUGGUCAUAAUAAUUAUCCAGAUUUUAUGGUUUUCAUCACGGCAAGCUUACGCAGCAGUAUUUCUUGCAUUUUGCUGGACAAUUAGUUGUGCAGUAAUGGGUGAAUAUAUCCCAACUGACGUUCUUGCGUUGCUUCAAGCUAUUAGUAUCCCAGUUGUUAUUGUUGCCAAAUUUUUACAAAUUCGGGCAAACUACCAGCGACAGAAUACUGGCCAACUAUCAGUGAUCUCAGUAUUUCUCCAAUUCGCAGGAUGUUUGGCUCGAAUAUUUACUUCCUUAAAAGAAACGGGUGACCAGCUGAUGGUUAUCACUUACAUUAUUGCAGCUUUAUUAAAUGGCAUAAUUUUUGUUCAGUUUCUUCUCUACUGGAGCAAUGUGGAAAUGAAGAAAAAGGUGUCUUGA